AGCAUGGCAGCCGCCGCCUAUGUGGACCACUUCGCCGCCGAGUGCCUCGUGUCCAUGUCUAGCCGCGCCGUUGUGCACGGGCCCCGGGAGGGGUCGGAGCCCCGGCCCGAGGGCGCGGUCGCCGCCACCGCCGCUGCCGCCACCACGCUUCCGCGCGCCGAGGAGCGCCUCGACGGCAAGGACAGCGCCUCCCUCUUCGUGGUGGCGCGGAUCCUGGCGGACCUCAACCAGCAGGCGCCUGCGCCCACCCUAGCGGAGCGCAGAGAGGGCGCUGCGGCCCGCAAGGCGCGGACCCCGUGUCGGCUGCCGCCCGCGCCAGCGGAGCCUGCAUCCCGGGGCUGCGGAGGCGUGGCGGCCGCGCCCCCUAGCCCUGCGUGGAGCGAGCCCGAGCCAGGAGUGGAGCCCGAACGGGAGACGGAGCCAGCCGGGAGCUGCGACCCUAGCCUCAGACAAAGGGGUCGGAGGGGCCGAAGUCGUUCCGACUUCGAAUCCCCGCAGAGAAAGCACAAGUGCCACUACGCGGGCUGCGAGAAAGUUUACGGGAAAUCCUCGCACCUUAAAGCACACCUGAGAACUCACACAGGUGAAAGGCCCUUUGCCUGCAGCUGGCAGGACUGCAACAAGAAGUUUGCUCGCUCCGACGAGCUGGCGAGGCACUUCCGGACCCACACAGGGGAGAAGAAGUUCAGCUGCCCCAUCUGCGACAAGCGCUUCAUGCGCAGUGACCACCUGACUAAGCAUGCCCGGCGGCACGCCAACUUCCACCCGGGCAUGCUGCAGAGGCGCGGGGGCGGCUCCCGGACCGGCUCCAUCAGCGAUUACAGCCGCUCCGAUGCCAGCAGCCCUACCAUCAGCCCUGCCAGUUCGCCCUGAGCGCCCA